AUGAUAAUCAAUUGCUAAUUUAUGGCUAUUUAUUUAUUAGUCACUUUUGCAAAAGAAGUCCUACUAACUGAAGAUUUUAAUUCAUUAUCAUUCAAUUCUUUAGGUUGGAAAUGCUUGCCCAGUGAUUCUAAUUCUCUAAUUUACAAUUGCUAGUAUGGAAUGAGUUUAGUUUAAUUGAGUAAGGAGUGCAAUAAGAUUGGGAAAACUUUUAUUAAUAUUCCUCCUCAUUACAUGAUCUAACUAUAUGUUGAUUUUAUUGCUUACAGGACUAUUGACUUAAAUGAAAACGCAAUUAUCAGUGCUGAUAAUACAAUUAUAUAUACAUAUUAUAAACUAUAAGCAGGAUAUCUACAUUAUGGAAAUUAAUGUGAUUCGUCUGUUCAAAGAUUUUGUAUGAGUACUUCUAUUUCUGAAUUUAGUCAUGCAAAUACUUAAUUAACAAUUGAAUUUUCUACAAAUCUUGAUGAAAUAUUUAGUAAUGAAGGCUAUCCUUUCAGAAAUUUAUAAAUUUAUUACAAACCAUGUCAUUACACAUGUAAAACUUGUUCAAAUGAAGCCUAUAAUUCAUGUUUAAGUUGCUUCACAUAAAAUUCAGUACCUUCAUCAUCAUAAUGUUAAACUUGUAAGAUAUAAUAAAACUUAAGAUUCUUAUUACAAACUCAAGGAUGUUUAUAAGAAUGCCCUGAUGGAUAUAAUUAUGAUUAGGAACUUAUUUGUUAUAGAAAUACAAGUAUUAUUAUAUUUCUAAAUAGAAUUGAUAAAUUUGAAAAUUCUAAAUUAAAUUUAACCAAUGAUCUCUUAAGAAUUUGUCCUAAAUACAAAUUUAAACAUAGCAGUAAGAUCUCCUUUGACAUGUAGUGUUACUGAGUAAUAUUUACAAUAUUACUAAGAUGAAGCUUUAUAAACAACAUUGAAUUUACAAAGUUCUUCAGUAGCUAUAAGAUUAAGAGCUACUAUUAUAUUAAUAGGCUCUUGGAUAGUAAAUAAUUAAUUAUAAAUAAAAAUAAAUGGAUAAUUAAUAGAUUCUAUAAAUUUCAAUAAUUUUUUGAUUACUACAUAGAAUAGUAUAAUAUUGUAUUAAGAUUAAACUUAUUAAGUAUGUUUAGCAAAUAAUGUAUUUAAAAUAAGAAUCGAAAUAAAUCAUGUGAUAUAACAAUCGAAUUUAAAUUUAUCCUUUAAUGGUUAUAAUUUAGUUGAUUAAUCAUUAUCUUGGUCAAUAAUAGAUGUAAAUGUAGAAUAGGAAAUUUGUUCUCAAAACUGCAAUAUAUGCUUAGAUAGAUAAAAUUGUAAAAUAUGUGCUUCUACAUUUGUUUUACAUAAAGGUUAAUGUUUUGAAAGUUGUCCAUAUUUUUCAAAAAUGAUUGAUAAUCUUUGUAUUGAUUUAGAUGAAGAAUUGAUUGAUUUAUAAAAUUCCAAAAUAAAAUAUUUAGUUAAAGAGUUUUAUGAUGUUUCAACAACAUAAGAGAGAAUAUUAGAAUUGUUUAAUUUUGUUUCUGGAAGUGUAAAUAAUUUUGGUAAAGGGGAUAGAAUUUAUUUUUCAUAUGUUCCAGAUAAGAAAGUAUUUGGUGGUGCACUGGUUUGGAUAGAUGCAAUUUUUAAAUUAUAAUAGGAGAUUCCAAAAUAUUGUUAUUAAGUAAGAAUAAAAUUCCAAGUAAUUUUGGGAGAUAAUUUCGAUCCUGGAAAUUUUGAAUAUCAAAUUAACAAUUAGAAUAAUGUAAUAUUAACAAAAUCAAGUUAAAAUGUAAUUUAAUAAAAAUAGAUAUGGGGAGAUGUAUUAUAAGAUUCUGUUUUAUAAGUUGAUGAUAUUAUAAAUGGAGAUGAAAUAGCAGAUAAAUAAUUAAUUAUAUUAUUAAAAUGUAAUAAUCCAAGUAAAUUAAUAAAUGAAUCAUUUUGUGCUAUUCAAGAUUUAUUUAUUACAGCUGAAUUUUAUUGUACAAAGGAAUAUAAACUAGAUUUAUAUAAAUAUGAGAAUGAUUUAUAUCCUUGUAUUUCUAUUUGUGGAGAUGGAUAUGUUGUAGAUGAAGAAUAAUGUGAUGAUGGAAAUCUAUAUCCUUUUGAUGGUUGUUUUAAUUGUCGUUAUCAAUGUGAAGAAUUUUGUUAAAAUUGUGUUCAAGGUAUUUGCUUAUUUAAUUUGGAAUAAGGAGAUGAACUCUAAAUAUUUUAGGAAAACUUAUAAAUGAUUAAUUAAAUUGUAUAUUAGAAAGAGAAUAUUAUUAGAAUUGAUUAUUAAGAAUGUUAAUUAGAAUGUUAAAUUUGUAAUGAUGGGAAUUGUUAUUUAUGUAUGGAUGGCUAUAUAAUUGAUAUUAUCACAUAUAGAUGUUAUUUACUUAUUAUAGGCUGCAACUAUGUUUAAUCAUAUUCUAUUCAGAUUAAAAAUUAUGUUAAAUCAAGCAUUUGUAUUAGUGAUCUUUCCUAUUAAUAAUAAAGUAUGUAUUAUUCGAAUAGUAAUAAAGAAUGUAUAAAUUGUUUAAUAUUUGAAUACUAGAGUUGUAAUAAUGAAUGCUCUUUUUGUUAUUAAGGUUAAUGUUUUAAAUGUUAGAAUGGAUAUACUCUUGAUAAUAAUAAUGAUUGUCUAUCCAUAUGUGGUGAUGGUCUUUUAAAUAAAGAUUAUGUUAAUAAUGAAGUUAUUGAGUAAUGUGAUAACCCAUUAAUUGAUGGAUGUGAAAAUUGUAUAAUUCUUUCUGGUUAUAAAUGUAUUUAAGUAGAUCAUUCUAUUUGUUGGACUUGUGAUGAAAAAUGUUUAAAGUGUACAAAUUAAAAUAAUGACUUAUUUUGUAAUUAAUGUAUAGAUGGAUAUUAUGCAGUAACCAGCUUUUGUUAUAAAUGUAAUGACAAUUGCAUAACAUGUAAAGAUAAUUAAGAACUUUGUACAUCUUGUUAUAGAGAUGAUUGUUAAAAAUGCGAAGAUAUUCCUGGGUUGUAUACAGAUUUAGAUAUUAAAAAAUGUAUGCCUCUAUGUGGUGAUGGUAUCAGAAUCUAAUUUUAUGAAUAAUGUGAUGAUGGAAAUGUAAUAGAUGGAGAUGGUUGUGAUUCUAAUUGUAAUUCUGAAUUUCAAGAAGAAACUUAUUCUUUUGUUAUUGAACGUCUUAAUGGAUAAACUUCUAAUGAUCUAAGUAUUACUCAUGAUUCUAAUAUUAAUUUAAAUUGCAAAAAUACUACUAUAAUUGUUGAAGGUUUUGAUUAGACAUAAUUUAAUUACAAUUCCACUACUACUGA